AUGAAUAAAAAAAACCCAAACCAACACAGAGUAAUAUCAGAUAUGAGCAACGCCUCCAGAGUCCAACACCGUCAUCAGCGGACUCACCCCUUUUCAAAUUUCUCUAACGCAUUGACUGAAAAAGAUACCACAGAUGCAGCACAAUUCCCGCCCAUCGACAUCAAUUAUAAUGACCUCAGCUUUGAUUUAGCACACUUUAUGGAGGAUACUGAGACAUACAUGCUAUUGUUGUCUCAAGUAACUGACGCAAGAUUGUGUGAAGGCGAAACUCAUACCAUUAAGAAACUAGCAGUGACACAGAAGAAGUCAAGCCCCCUAAUUCCAACCUUCUACAACUGCAAGUUUGGUAAUGUCACCUUUAACAUUUACAAGCGUUGAAUUGAGACUGUUGAUUUUGUUGUUUCGAAACACAUAAUUAUAUGCUUUGUUUUAUUGAAACGUUAUGGACUAUUUUAGUAACCAUUUUUAUAGUAACUAUAUUUGAACUUUAUCAAAAUAAUAUUAUUUAUAAACAUUAAUUUAUAAUUGUAAUUGCAAUAUUUUAGUGAAUUUAAUUGCUAAUAUUUAAGUGAAUUCAAUUGAAUAAAAUUGAUUUAUUGUUUUGAAAUAGCCACAGUUUUAUUGGGCUUUUUUGGCCAUUUUUACUCAAAACGUCUGGAAAUUUUGGUCAGAGUUGAAAGUUCAUGAGAUUCAAAAUGGCGUCAGUGUAUAUUUGUCAAUAAAAAUAGCAUUGGAAAAUAGCGACCUGCCAUUUGUUGCCAAGUCUGCUGAGAAGGCAACGAUCUCUCAGUUAUCUAUACAUUGUGCUGAAAAUGCCCCUUUUUCCGAGGAUCAAUCAGCGUAUCGGAAAAAUCACUCAACAGAAACAGCUUUACUGAAAGUCCAGAACGACAUUCUCCUCAGUAUGGAUCGCCAGGAGGUUACGCUUCUUGUGCUUAUCGACCUAAGUGCUAUCUAUUUGAUACUAUCGACUAUGCAAUCUUACUGGAGACACUUGAAAAAGACCUUGGCGCAACUGGAAAUGCCCUCAAAUGGCUAACAUCUUAUUUAUCCGAGAGAAAACAAACAAUUUUAAUUAAAGAGAAUGAAUCGGAAGUUUUCAAUCCUCAAUCAGGAGUUCCGCAGGGUAGCUGCCUUGGCCCUGUCCUCCUCAUACUCUAUGUGGUUGGGUUAUUUAAGGUUAUUGAUAAACAUCUUCCCAAUGCACAUACGUAUGCAGAUGACACCCAGAUUUAUUAUUCGUUUCGGCCGGAUACAUCUUUAUUACAAGAUGCUGCAAUAAAGAGUAUUGCAAACUGUGUUGCUGACAUUCGUGCCUAG